CAGAGGUCUAUUUAACACAGGUCUGUUUCAGAAUGGUCACAUUUCAAAGAAGAAAUGAUGCUGCUUGUGUCAUUUUACUGUCCGAUAAUCAAGUCAAUUGUGAUAUAACAGGCUAUGAUAGUUUUCCAAUAAUUGUGUCCUAUCCCCCGCGUAGUCCACCACAACUUGAAAUGAUCCUUAAAAUGAUAUCAGAUACAGCAAACGAAUUAACAAUAGUGGAUAAAAUUAUUUACAAAUUUAGUUCACAGGAACAGUGCACCUAUAUUCUCACUACAGUGGAACCAAACAUAUAUUUAGUUAUCCUCUUUGAAAAUAAAAAGUCUGAAAAGGAUUCUUUCAUUAGUAAUUUUGUUAAUGAUUUAUGCAUGAAUUUAAGAUGCACCAAAGUUUUUAUGGGAUUGAGAAACACAAUAAAAUAACUAACUUUUA